CCUUGUUCCGUUCGGCAAAAAAACUGGUGAGGCGUUGUCUGUGCCUCGAGAGGCAGUAGCUGUUUUAAAUUUUCAGUGCUCUUUUCUCGCAGCUGUCUUACCGUGGUACCAUGUCAAUUGUGAGGCGUUUGUGGCAGCGAAUAUUGAAGCCAACAUAUUUCGUUGGAAGGGACAUGGAAGGCAACAAGUAUUUUGAGUAUCCAAAUACGAACAACGGACGUUCCAAACGAACAGUGAAGUACAGGAAAAACGAGGACAUGUGGGCGUACGUUGCUAGUGGCAAACGCUUACCAGUGCAAUGGUCAGCAUGGCUGACGCACACCAGGCCCGAUCCGCCGGGUAUUGAGGAACUACAAACGGAUCUAGCACGUCAGCAACGGGUCAAGUUAAACGCAGCUAUUCUAGAAGCGAGGUAUGAGGCAGAAAGAGCCAAUAGGGAGCGACUCGAGGCACCCAGCCACCAUUCUGCAGUUGAGACGCAGUCUCGAAACGUGUCUAGGGAUGAAAGACUAGAACCACCAGAAUCUGAUCAACGACCAAAAACACAAACACGGGAUCCUUGGGCUGAGGCAUUGUCAGGAUCCGAUGAGCCUCGAUCAUGGAUACCUUUAACUCGGAAAAGGUAGCAUGCUUGUUCAGGGUUAUUAUUUCAAAGAUCUUUAUUUUAACCGAGCCAGAUUUAUCGUAUUUGCUCUGCCUCGUUCUUGUUUUUUCUACCAGGACCUCUUCGCAUCAAGUGAUCCUCAAAGGCUGUUGUAUGCAAAG